AUGGCAACAUAUAAACCAUACUCUCGUAUCAACGCCUUCUUCCCUCCUGCCCCAACAUAUACAGACUCCAAUCUCCCUUCCCUCCAAGGAAAAGUUCACAUCGUCACCGGCGCCGCUUCAGGAGUUGGAUAUGAAGUCGCGAAAUUCAUCUACCUAGCAGGUGGAACCGUUUACGUCGCAGCCAGAUCAACAGCAAGAUGUGAGGGAGCUAUCGAGAAGAUAAAAGCAGAGACUGCAUCAGAAAAAGGAAAGGGGAAGUUGGACAGCUUGGUGGUAGAUUUGAGUGAUUUGAGGACGAUCAAGGGUGGCGUGGAGAGUUUCUUGAAGAAGGAACAGAGGCUAGAUGUAUUGAUUCAUAAUGCUGGGAUAAUGAGUCCGCCGGCUGGAAGUAAGGACAAGUUGGGCCAUGAUCUCGAAUUCGGGACAAAUGUUCUAGGACCAUAUCUCAUGACUCUUCUCCUUGAACCAAUUCUCAUCAAAACAGCCACUCUUCCCGAUACGCCAAAGCUCAGCGUGAGGUUGGUGUGGGUGGUUUCUCUGGUGCAGGGAUGGGCUCCAGUAGAGGCUAUGCGAUACGAGAAAGAUGGUACACCUGUGGUUUUGAAAGGGACCAUGGAAAAUUACAUGCAGAGUAAGGUUGGUGAUGUUUGGCUUGCUACCGAUGUCGCCAAUCGUCUGGGAAAGCAUGGAGUUAUGAGUGUCAGCCUGCAUCCUGGUGUAGUGAGAACAGAGUUGCAAAGACAUUGGCCACUUCCAGUUCGGAUGUUGAUAGGUGCGAUAAUGAAGCCUUGCGUAUAUGCUGCAUAUUCCGAACUGUAUGCUGCCUUCUCCUCGGAUGUGAAGCCUGAACAGAAUGGUGGGCAUCUCAUGGCAUGGGGUCGAAAAGCAGAUAUGCCUCCUUAUAUCUCUGCGGGAUUCAAGAGCAAAUCCGAGGGAGGAACGGGAGGAGUUCAGAAAUUCUUCGAAUACUGCAACCGGGAGAUCAAAGACUACCUUUGA